GCCGUGUUGAGACGCAUGCGUUUUUUCCAAAUGAAAAUCCGUAAAAAAUAAACAAAAACAUGGAAAGCAAUAACGUUGAAGAGGUCACCGACAAGUUUGGGGGCUGUCUGUCUUUAGACACGGAGAAGAUGGAAAAAUACGACAGAUACCGGCAGAAGGGGAAGGAGGCUGCCAUUAAUGGUGAAUUGCCCCGUGCGCUUGAGCUGUUUCAGCUGGCCUACCAGCUGCAGCCUAGUGAAAAGCUGAAGAAACGUGUUCAGGCCAUACAAGAACUCAUUCAGAGAGAAGAGGAAGACGAGGAAGAGGAGGAGGAAUUUGUGAAUGUGAAUGAUAGUGGAUUAAAGCUUUAUAAAGGGCUCUAUGACAAACUGUAUGACCAUCAGAAAGAGGGAGUGGCGUUCCUGUACAGUCUCUACCGAGACGGAAGGAAAGGAGGGAUCCUGGCUGAUGACAUGGGCCUCGGGAAGACCAUCCAAGUCAUUUCAUUUUUGUCAGGGAUGUACGAUGCAGAGCUGGCCAAUCACACCCUGUUAGUCAUGCCGACUUCACUUAUCAAGAACUGGGUGCGUGAGUUUGCCAAGUGGACCCCUGGCAUGAGGGUGAAAGAGUUUCACGGCUCCAGCAAGGCUGAGCGGAACAGGAACCUGGAGCGAAUCCAGCGCAAGGGAGGAGUAAUCAUCACCACCUACCAGAUGCUCAUAAACAACUAUGAGCAACUUGGAUCAUAUGGCCAGCGUGAGUUCAAAUGGGACUACGUCAUUCUGGACGAGGCCCACAAAAUCAAAACCUCAUCCACUAAAACGGCUAAAAGUGCUCACGCCAUUCCUGCGAAAAACCGUGUGUUGCUGACAGGCACUCCAGUUCAGAAUAACCUCAGAGAGAUGUGGGCGCUGUUUGACUUUGCUUGCCAAGGAUCACUCCUGGGAACCUCCAAAACAUUCAAAACCGAGUAUGAGAAUCCAAUCACACGAGCAAGGGAGAAAGAUGCCACACCUGGAGAGAAAGCUCUCGGAUUGAGGAUUUCACAGAACUUGACGGACAUCAUCAAACCGUAUUUUCUCAGGCGAACCAAAGCCGAUGUUCAGCAGAAAAAACAAAAGCUUGAAGAAUGCUUUGAAGAUGAAGAAAAUCAAGAGAAUAAAUGUCCAAAUGUUAGAGAAGGCGUAGAAAUGCCGUCGCUGACACGCAAGAAUGAUCUGAUUGUGUGGACAUACCUCAGCUCGGUGCAGGAGGACAUUUAUAACAAGUUCAUCUCGCUGGAUCAGAUUAAGGAGUUGCUGACGACUACCAAGUCACCAUUGGCUGAGCUCACGGUGCUAAAGAAGCUCUGUGACCAUCCCAGACUCCUGUCUCAACGAGCUGUGAUUCAACUGGGCCUGGAGCGAGGUUCUGCCUCUGAAUUAGUCCAUUCGGAUGAGAGCGAGUCGGCUGUGAGUCAGAUCGAUAACAUUUCAGAUCAAACUUUAAUUGAAGAGUCAGGGAAGCUGCAGUUUGUUGUGUCUCUAAUGGAAUGCCUCAGAGAAGAGGGACAUCGGACUUUGAUUUUCUCCCAGUCGAGGAAGAUGCUGGACAUUAUGGAGCGUGUCCUGCGUAACAGAAACUUUCGCCUGCUGCGCUUGGACGGCACCGUGACACAACUGGCUGAAAGAGAGAAACGCAUCUCUCUAUUCCAGACCGACAAGCGCUACACAAUCUUCCUCCUCACCACUCAGGUGGGUGGUGUCGGAAUCACACUGACCGCAGCAAAUCGUGUUGUGAUCUUUGACCCCAGUUGGAAUCCCGCAACAGACGCUCAGGCUGUGGAUCGGGCUUACCGAAUAGGCCAAACCGAAAACGUCCUCAUCUACAGACUCAUCACCUGUGGCACUGUGGAGGAGAGGAUCUAUCGCAGACAGGUAUUUAAAGACUCUCUGAUCCGGCAGACAACCGGUGAUAAAAAGAACCCGUUUCGAUACUUCAGCAAGCAAGAGCUGCGUGAACUGUUUAAACUGGAGGACACGCGCUCGUCCUCCACUCAGCAGCAGCUUCAGGCAAUGCAUGCACAAAGCCGCCGCUCUGACACCAGCCUGGACCAUCACAUCGCUCGCCUUCACAGCAUGGAGAUGUUCGGAAUUUCUGACCAUGACCUCAUGUUCACCAAAGAGCCAGCAGCCGACGAAGACGACCCAGAGGAUGCAGAGGCCCAUCACUACAUACAAACACGUGUCCAGAAAGCACAAGAGCUCAUGCAGGCGGAAUCAGAACUGCACGGUCAGCUCUUGGAAAGCAUGGCCCAAAACACUGAACCUGCUUGGCUCAGGCAGAUGGGACAACCAAAUUCAUCCGGUAGAGACCGACCGGCUCCUCCACGCAUCAAAAAUGAGCCAGUGACUGUGGAUCUGACUCAUAACAGUUUCGAUGAGCCAGAAUUUGAGGAAGAUGAGCAGAACGUCCCAUCAGCUGAGGAUGCAGAGAUGGAAACUGCAAGUGAAGAUGUGGAAGUUAUUGGUGAAGAUUUAAGGGACAAAGUUAUCGGCAGCGAAGUGGAAGUUGUUGGUGAAGAAGUGGAAGAUGUUGCUGAAGUAGAAGUCGUAAGUGAAGACGUGGAAGAUGUUGGUGUAGAAGUGGAAGAUGCUGGUGAAGUAGAAGUUGUAAGUGAAGAAGGGCAAGUGCAGCCCAAAUCUCCUCGAUCUGGUGGAGAAUGGAAUUUGCAAAUUGUAAAAACAGAGGUUAGCCCUAUUGCUGAAAAGUUUGCUGACGUGAUCACACUGGAUGACACAUCAGAUGAGGCAGACAGCUCAGAUUUUAAUACAGAAUCCAAACAACAAAACUCUCUACACAGCUUGCAAAGUCCUUCUCACCAGUUUCCAAAGUUGGAUGAUCUUUCGAGAGCAUCCAAUACUCUUGAUAAAGGAGAGGUUGAGCCAGAGAAGCGUCAUUCACAUGUCCUCUCAUCACCUCCGUCUCCACAUGAAGCCACAGCAGGAGAGCCUUUUAAAGCGGAGAUGGAAAUACCUCAUGGAAACUUCAACCUGUUGCUUGAAGACAGUGCAGAUAUGUAUUUUUCUGAAGACGAGGAAGUUCAUGAAGUGGAGGAAUCUGUAGCAGAGGAAAGUCCUGAGUUUCAGCUUCAGAUGGAUGUCAGUGGAGAAAGGCUAGAAGAACCAAGUAUCAAUCAUGGCAAACAAAACAACGAGGAGUUUUUCAAUUAUAACCACGGUGAAGUCAGCAAACAUGAAUCUCUUUUAAAGAUCCGUUCUACUCCGAACGCAUCUGUGGACGAUUCCUUUGUGCAUUCUGUGCGGAGGAAGAAGAGGCAGGUCAUCUCUGACACUGAAGAAGAAGAAGAGGAGGAGGAGGAAUCAGAGAAGCCGUGUUUAACUAGCAGUCCGUUCGUUAAUACCCUUAGCAGGUUGGGCUCUUCUACACCCAAAGCUACUUUGGUUGAUGGUGCAAGACUCCGUCGCAGUUUAAAUGCUUCCGUGGCAUCAAGAAGGUCCUUUGUCGUGUCCUUGCUGGAGAAUGAGUCUGAUGAGGAGUCCAACGAAGAUAAAACUAAAUCCUCAGGAGCCAGUGAGACUUGUGCAGAUGAAUUGGUGGAGGAAGUGGAGACGUCCAGUGGAAAUAAAUCCAAAUCCUAUGAGACAUCUGAAGCCAAUGGAACUCUUGCUGAUGAAUUGGUGGAGGAAGAAGGGGAGUACAGUGGAGGUAAAAAUACAUCUGAUAAGGAUUCUGAAAGCAAUGAAACUCGUUCUAAAGAAUUUGCAGAGGAAGAGAAGCCCAGUGGAGAUAAAAGCCAAUCAUAUGAGAUAUCAGAAGCCAAUGAAACACAUGCUGAUGAAUUGGUUGAGGAAGAAGAGCACGGGGAAGAAAAAAUUGAAUCCUAUGAGAUAUCCGAAGCCAGUGAAACUCAUGCUGAUGAUUCAGAAGAGGAGCUCAUUGGAGAUCACAGAGAAUCCUACAAGAUAUCUGAAUCCAGUGAAGCAGAUGAGUCAGUGGUAGAAGAAGAGGAACCCAGCGGUGAGACUUUAAAUACAGAAGAGUCUGAAAUGGGUGAAGAGGAGGAAAGGGCAGAAUUAAUAGCAGACCAGGAGCAAGAAGAAUGGCAAAGUGCUGUGCUUGAAUCCACUGGAGAUGUUGAACUAGACUCUAAUGAAACAAUGGACCAGUGCGCUCCUAAAACAGUCCCUCUGGAAACACGCAUUCUUCCUGUCUGCUCCACAAACACCGCUGCUGAAGCUUCUGAAAACAAGUAUAAGUUGCUGGUUCUGUCGGGGAAACAAAGUUUGGCAGAAGGGAGGAAGCAGGAAGCUCUGGAUUUCUUUCUAAAGGCAAUAGACAUUAAUACUGGUGAUCCUGAGAUCCAACUGUUGAUUAUUCAACUGUACAGACAACUGAGCCAGUAGAGAAAUUAAAAUGUGCACAGCCAUAUUUAAUUCUGUAUUAUAUCUGUACCAUGAAUGAAACUGUUUCGCUUUUUUUCUUUGUCUGUUUGUUAAAAGAAAUUAGACCAAAUUUGACUGAAACAUUCAGUACUGGUCGAAAAAUUGAUGUUCUGAAACAUGUUUGCUGCUUACAUUUCUUGUUGCUUUGGUUUAACAGUACUGUUCACUUUAUCUGAGCUACGAUAUACAAUAAUCUUGGUGAAAAAUAAAUAAAUUCUCAACUGUUUUGU